GCUGACACUGUUUGACGUCACCAUGAUGUCGGGAAUUCCUCUCCGCGGAGCUCCGUGAGACUGUGAAGCGGAGCUUUGGAAGGAAGCGGCACGUACUGUAUCCACGUGAGGGGGGAGGACAAGUUGACGAUGUUUUCUGGGCCCCUCUUUCAUUCUUCCGCCGUCGACGCCGUCGCCUCCUUCUCCACCGCCACCUUUCCAGAGCCGGAAGAUGAGUUCCAGUUUGCUCCCUUCGCUUCUCUGAGCAAAAAGCUAGUAAACGAGCAAAUAUGGUCAUCCUCAUCCGCACUGGCUGCCCUUAAACUCAACAUCUGAGAAGUGUGUCCCGAUCAAGCCCGACAGUCAACGCUGCGCCAUGUUUCCUGACGCCAUAGAGGCGGCCGGGCGAAUGGAGGGGCUUCCAAUGUCCUCUCUCCAGCCACCGUCCGAGCUGGAGGAGGAAGAGGAAGAAGCCGAGGUGUUUGUGGUGCGAGGACCGAAGAAACGAGGCCGCUACCGGCAAAGCAUACAGCUACUGAAGCCCUUCAGGAUAACACACAAACACCAGCACCCGGUCGACAACGCGGGCCUCUUCUCUUUCAUGACACUCCAUUGGCUCUCGCCGCUGGCCCUGAGAGCCUACAAGACGUCCAGCUUGUCCAUAGACGAUGUGUGGGGGUUGUCCUGCCACGAAGCCUCUGAAGUCAACUGUCAAAGGCUUGAAUCGCUGUGGCGCGACGAGCUGAAGAGACGAGGGCGCGAGGGGGCAUCCCUUAUGAGAGUCUUUAUGAGGUUCUGCCAAACCCGAAUGCUGGUCGCCAUCUUUGCCCUUCUCCUCACAAUGGUGGCAGGCUUUGUUGGCCCCGCGCUCCUGGUCCGAGCGCUGCUGGAAUAUUCCCAAAGCUCCGAGCGCUGCAUUAAGUACGGCCUCUUCUUGGUUGCCGGGAUCUUCGCCAUGGAGCUUACGCGCUCCUGGUCUUUGGCGCUCAUGUGGGCUGUCAACUAUCGCACUGCUGCUCGCCUCCGCGGGGCGGCUCUCACAUUCGCCUUCAACAGGAUCCUCCGCCUGCGUAGCACAAAACACAUCAGUCCCGGCGAGCUGAUAAAUAUGUGCUCCAAUGAUGGCCAGCGUCUCUAUGAGGCAGUGUCAGUGGGCUGCCUGCUGGCUGGGGGGCCCCUGAUGGGCAUCCUUGGCCUAACCUACACCACUUACUUCCUUGGUCCCACUGCUUUACUCGGAUCAGCAAUUUUCAUUAUCUUCUAUCCUGCCAUGAUGCUUGCGUCUAGGCUGACAGCCUAUUUCCGCAAGAAGUGUGUAGUAGUGACUGACCAGCGCGUGAGGCUGAUGAACGAGAUCCUGGGUUGCAUAAAGUUCAUCAAGAUGUAUUGUUGGGAAGAUGCCUUUGCACAGAACAUUCACAAGGUGAGGUUAGAAGAAAGAGGAAUACUGGAAAGAGCUGGUCUCAUCCAGAGCCUCACAGUGGGCGUGGGACCUAUCGUUGUGGUUAUAGCCAGUGUAUGUACGUUCACCCUGCACAUGUCCCUGGGGUAUGACCUUACUGCAGCUGAGGCGUUCACUGUGGUUGCUGUUUUCAACUCCAUGACCUUCGCAUUGAAGGUCACACCCCUGGCUGUCAGGUCACUGUCAGAGGGUGCUGUGGCAGUGAAAAGAUUCCAGAGGCUGUUCACAAUGGAUGCCAGAGAAGCUGUGUUGAUCAAAAUGCAGGACCCUCGCAAUGCAGUGGAAUUCCAGGAUGCGACACUGGCAUGGGAGAAAGCACGAUCCCCGGCCAGCAAGCCCAACCCGCCACCCAAGAAACAAAGGGGGGGGAUAAAGCGAGUGCUCCGCCGGGACAGGCUCAGCCUGUUCAUCUCGACUGAGGACAGCAAGGACCACAAAGAGAGCCUCAACGCCCAGAGUCUCCUCACCAACAUGGAGCAGGAGAGUCCACAGAGUACCAUUUCCUCCACAAAAAGCAUCCGGCCUCCACUACACAAGACUCUCCACCGCAUUGACCUACGUGUUAAAAGGGGUUCACUAGUUGGGAUCUGCGGUGGCGUUGGAAGUGGGAAAAGUUCUCUUCUCACAGCACUAUUGGGACAAAUGACCCUUCUAGAAGGCAACGUUGCAGCCAGCGGGGGCUUCGCUUUUGUGUCCCAACAAGCUUGGAUCCUCAAUGAGUCCCUGAAGGAGAACAUCCUGUUUGGGAAGGACUUUGAGCAAGACAAAUAUAAUGCCAUCUUGGAGGCCUGCUGUCUUGUACCAGAUCUCACAGAGCUGCCUUAUGGAGACAUGACAGAGAUUGGCGAGAGAGGAGCAAACCUGAGCGGGGGCCAGCGUCAGAGAGUGAGCCUGGCCCGGGCCCUCUACAGCGAGCGCCCUAUACUCCUCCUGGAUGACCCUCUCAGUGCUGUCGACACCUGCGUGGGUUCUCACAUCUUCAAAAAGGCAAUACGGGCAGCAGCGAAAAGCAAGACUGUGCUCUUUGUGACCCACCAGAUGCAGUACCUGCCAGAAUGUGAUGAUAUUAUCCUCAUGAAGGAUGGGCAGAUAGCCGAGCACGGCACUCACGCUCAGCUAAUGGCUAAAGAGCGUGACUAUGCUGCUCUGUUCACCAACAUGCUACAGGAGAAUCGAGUUAGAGAGAAUUACAAAAACAAACAACACCAGAUAACUGCAGUGAAGCUUUGCCAUGUUGAGGAAAUAGCCAACGUCCAACAAAAGCAACUGAGUAAAAAAGAACAACUGAUGAAAGCUGAAGAGAAGGGUUCCGGCGCAGUCUCUUGGGCCGUGUACGCCACCUACAUCAGAGCAGCUGGAGGCCCGGUGAUUUUCAUUCUCAACGCUGUCUUCUUCCUCAGCACCACAGGCAGUGUCGCUUUCAGCAACUGGUGGCUGAGUCACUGGAUCAAGCAGGGCUGCGGAAAUGCUUCAUUAAUCUCAGGGAAUGAAACAAUGGUGAAGGACAGCAUGAGGCUGAACCCUCACAUUCAGUUCUAUUCGACUGUUUACAUUCUCUCUAUGGGCGCUGCUUUGUUCAUCAAGACCAUACGAGGCGUGGUGUUUGUAAAGUGCACGGUGAAGGCAGCCUCUGCACUCCAUGACAAACUAUUCCAACGACUCCUCCGCAGCCCCAUGUGCUUUUUUGACACCACGCCACUCGGCCGCAUUCUGACUCGCUUCUCCAGGGACAUGGAUGAGGUGGAUGUGCGCCUUACCAUGCAAGCUGAAAUGCUGCUACAGAACCUCACGCUGGUGCUGUUUUGCCUGGCAAUGGUUGGUAUCGUCUUUCCCUGGUUUUUCAUCUCUGUCCUGCCCCUGGGAGCCUUCCUUUGCUUUGUCAACCGUGUUUCCAGGGUUUUGAUUCGUGAGCUGAAGCGACUGGAAAACAUCAGCCAGUCACCAUUCACCUCCCACAUCGCCAGCAGUCUCCAGGGCCUCUCGACCAUUCACGCCUAUGGAAGAAAGCGUGACUUCCUCCAAAGAUAUCAGGAAUUGCUGGACACCAACCAGGCCUCCAACUACCUCUUCAGUUGCGCUAUGCGUUGGCUGGCAGUGCGCCUCGACCUCAUCAGCAUCUUGCUCAUCACUGCUGUAGCACUCCUCAUUGUUUUCAUGCACCAGCAGAUACCUCCAGCCUAUGCAGGCCUUGCUAUAUCAUAUGCGGUGCAGCUGACUGGCUUAUUUCAGUUUACUGUCAGGCUUCUCACAGAGACGGAAGCUCGCUUCACAUCAGUAGAGAGGAUCAAUCACUACAUAAAGUCUCUAGAAAGUGAAGCGCCCUGCAAAAGCCCAUCAAAUGCUCCACCUCUAUCCUGGCCCGAGCAAGGGGAGAUCCGCUUUCACAACGUGGAUAUGCGCUACCGUGAUGGCCUGCCGUUGGUGCUGAAGGGUCUGUCUUUCAGUGUCCAGCCUGAGGAGGCCAUCGGCAUCGUGGGUCGCACCGGAUCAGGGAAGUCUUCUCUGGGUCUGGCUCUAUUCAGACUAGUGGAGCUAGCGAAGGGGUCCAUCAUCAUUGACGGAGUCAAUAUUGCCCAAAUUGGCCUGGACGACCUGCGGAGCAAACUAGCCAUCAUCCCUCAAGAGCCUGUGCUGUUUAUCGGCACUGUCAGGACAAAUUUAGACCCAUGGGAUCAAUAUUCAGACUUGCAGAUAUGGGAAGCACUGGAGAAGACUCAUAUCAAAGAGAUGGUGAGCCAGCUGCCUCACUCCCUCCACUCUGAGGUGAUGGAGAACGGCGAGAACUUCUCAGUGGGAGAGCGGCAACUCCUCUGCGUGGCCAGAGCACUGCUGCGCAAGAGCAAGAUCCUCGUGCUGGACGAGGCAACAGCGGCCAUCGACACAGAGACUGACAGCCUGAUCCAAGAGACCAUUCGCUGUGAAUUUCGCAGCUGCACGCGCCUCAUCAUCGCCCAUCGCCUCAACACUGUGAUGAACUGCAGCAAAGUCAUGGUCAUGAAUGACGGCCAGAUCUUGGAGUUUGAUCACCCUUCCGUCUUGCUUUCAAAUGAAAACUCCAGAUUCAGAGCCAUGAUAGCAGCAUCAGAAAACCAAAGCACAUGAAAACCUAGAAAAUCUGGAUGCUAUGCAUGCAUAAAAAUACAACGAAAUAACCCUGUGGUGGGGUUAAAAUAUAUACAUACAUACAGUAAGUUGUUAUGAUAGCAAUGGCAAUGUGACAAUGAUGACCAAAACCAAAGAUCCUGGGACCAUGUUUUUCUGGACACCAUCUCACGGUACAAAGGAUGGCUUUCGUACCAUGGUACCUACAAGCCAAAACUUUGUAAAACACUGCAAAUGAAAUAGAGCGAGAACUCUGUUUACGGCACUUUAUGGUAGUCAUGUUGACAUGUUUCUUUUUGUUCCUCUGCCUCCGAGAGGACCGGUACUUAGUUCUUGUCACAGUAUUAUUAGAUGUUACCUUCAAAGAUGACAAUGUCAAUAAUGAUUGUUUUAUUUUAGUUCGCGUGUAAUUAUGACAAAACAUGUUCAUGAGGCACUUAAGUCACCUUCAAGGUUUUUCUUAGCUGUUUUUUAAAUGUGCCUAGAGCUGUGCAAAUGUUACAAUUAGCCAUUUUGUUAAACACUGCAUGUCGGUACUGUUAUGCUGAAAAUACUUAAUCUAGAUGCUGGAAUUCCAAUUAUGCACCUGUUGUUUUGUAAGGCCACGCGCAGCACAGUGCGUGUAUCUGUAGCUAAGUCAAUACGUGUUUUCACAAAAGCCGAGGAUUGUAGUUGUCUGCCUUAUACUGUAUGAUUGCGCUCAACAAUCUUGAUGUUUUUGAUUGCAUUGCUGCAUUUUCCAGAUUGCCUUUUGUACACUGAGUUUGAACUUCCAAUGUGUACUUUUUGUAAAGGGUUGAGUUUAUUCAGAGGAAUUAUUUUGUUUUAUUUGCCAAUAAAAGUUUUAUUGUA